AUGCUCUCAACUUGCUUAUUAGUGAUGAAUAACAAGGAAAGCUUGGUAAUUUUCUCUCUCUUUCUCCCUUUCUUGGCCUUUGUUGUUGCAUCAUCGGACGACACACUCCAACAAGGUGCUAUUCUCACUUCCUCCUCCUACCUAGUGUCUGCUAAAAAGGUUUUCACCUUGGGAUUCUUUAGUCCCCCGUAUUCGAAAGAAAACUACUUAGGAAUAUGGUACACCAACGAUUCACAAUCCCAUCCAGUAUGGGUUGGUAACAGAAACACACCUAUUCAUAACAAUUCUGGUGUUCUCGCCAUCGAUAACACCGGAAAUAUGAUAAUCACACAUAAUGGAGGGGAUACUAUUGAGCUAUAUACGACUCAAACCCGCGAUAAUAAAACAGCUACCCUGCUGGAUUCUGGCAAUUUUGUGGUAAGAGAGGUUAACUCCAAUGGAACCACAGGACAUGUAUUGUGGCAGAGCUUUGACUAUCCUACAGACACCCUUUUGCCCGGGAUGAAAUUAGGGGUCAGCCACAGGACUGGCCGGAAUUGGUCACUUACAUCAUGGUUAGCAGAAGGAGUACCUGCGCCUGGGGCUUUCACACUGGACUGGGACUCCAGGCGAGGGCGGUUGAUAGUUAGGCGAAGAGGAGUGAUUUAUUGGACUAGUGGGGUGUUGAAGGAUAAGGCGUUUGAAUUCAUUGGUAAAUCAGACCCUAGAAAUGUUGUAUAUGAUUACAUCAAUGUUACAUCUGAGGAGGAAGAAUACUUCAGUUAUUCACUUAUAAAAGAUUCAAGAUGCACACCUGAGGGACGAAAAGCUAUAUCAGGAUGGAUGUUAGAUUACAACGGACAAAUAAAUGAUCAAGAUAGGCCUCCAAUUGCGCGGGUUGAUCUUUGUUAUGGCUACAAAACCCGAGGAUCAGGAGGAGUUUAUGAAGGAUGCGAGUUAUGGGAACAGCCUACGUGUAGGAAUUCUAACAGAAGUUGA